AUGCCACCUCUCGAUCUAUCAGUAUAUCUAGUCACAGACUCGACCCCGGCUAUUCUCAAGGGUCGGGACUUAUGCACCGUUGUUGAAGAGGCUGUUAAAGGAGGCGCUACAAUAGUGCAAUACCGGGACAAGACUAACGAUACCGGGGUCUUGAUUGAGACGGCAAAAAAGCUGCACCAGAUUACCCAGCGCUAUGGAGUUCCACUGGUGAUUAAUGAUCGAGUGGAUGUUGCCGUUGCUGCCGGGGUAGAAGGUGUACAUCUGGGUCAAGAUGAUAUGAAAUAUGAAGAUGCCAAAAGGCUUCUCCCUAAGAAUGCCAUCAUUGGUAUUAGUACUGCUACAGUUGAGGAGGCCCGGAAGGCCAUUGCCGAUGGAGCUGACUACAUUGGAAUUGGGACUUUGUUUUCCACUCAAACAAAAAAAAACACGAAGAAAAUCCUUGGAACUGCAGGAACUCAGGCCAUUCUUCAUGCCAUUAGUGAUUCUUCGGUGGGAACUGUCGCAAUUGGAGGCAUCAACCAUUCCAAUGUACAGCGGGUCAUUUAUCAAACCAAGUCCCCUAAGAAGGGAUUGGAUGGUGUAGCUAUUGUUAGUGCCAUCAUGGCAGAUGAUGAUCCGAAGGCUGCGACGGAGAAGCUCAGCCAGCUCAUCAACUCUGAACCUCUUUUUGCAAUGGUUCCGCAAGUUGCACGCACCAAUGAAGCCGAAGCAUUGGUGAGUGAAGUGCCCCAACUCGUCCAAAAAUUGGUAGAGAAGCACCCGCUGGUCCAUAACAUGAUUAACUCUGUGGUCGUCAACUUCGUUGCUAACGUCAAUCUCGCGAUUGGUACAUCACCCAUCAUGGCUCCCAACGGGGAUGAGGCAACAGACCUUGCCAACUUCGACGGAUCUCUUCUGAUCAAUAUGGGAACCUUAAUUGGUGAAAGUGUUACCAAUUUCCUCAAGGCCAUAAAAGCAUACAAUGCUCGUGGUAAUCCAGUUAUCUACGACCCUGUUGGUGCUUCUGCAACAGAAAUUCGCCGAAGCGCUGUUACGGAGCUAAUGGCAGGUGGCUACUUUGAUCUCAUAAAGGGUAACGAGGGUGAGAUCCGGCAAGUCCGUGGAAGUAAUAAGGUGCAGCAGCGCGGAGUUGACAGCGGACCAAGCACUUUGGAUGGCCUGCAAAAGGCAACUCUAGUCCGCGAUGUGGCUCGACGUGAUCGUAAUAUCGUGCUAUUGACUGGAGUCACCGAUUACAUCAGCGAUGGAGAGAGAGUGAUCUCCGUUGAGAACGGCCACUCAUUACUAGGAGAGGUGACAGGAACUGGUUGCGCCGUCGGAAGUAUCGCAGCUGGUUUCCUGGCCGCCUACCGCUCUGACAAACUGCUUGCUGUGUUAGCCGGUCUCCUCAUGUAUGAAAUUGCAGCUGAGAAUGCAGCGGCAAAGGAUUAUGUUCGUGGACCUGGCAGUUUUGUGCCAGCAUUUAUUGACGAACUAUAUGCUAUCCGCAUGGCGGCGACUAAUGGCGAUGACAGUUGGCUCAGUGGCCGAGCCAAAGUAAAAGUCAUAGAUAUUUAG